AUGGGCCCAUCCACUCUAACAAGUCCUCAGUCAGAAUCUGUCGAUCCACCACAGUACGAGCUGCUGUCAGAAUCCGCGAACCCUCGUCCUGGAGGAAACUUACUUCAUAUCGCCAUUAAGAAUGGGUCCGGGGGCAUUGCCCACACUCUAGUUGUUGGUGGCGGAGCUGAUGUUGAUGCACGAGACGUUGCCAACGGCGAUCGGCCCCUUCAUUGCGCCGUUCGGGCUCGGUCUAUCUCAAUGUCACGCAUGCUGUUGCAUCAUGGUGCCAGGCUGGACCUACGAAAUGAUGCAGGUCUGACCCCGCUAGAUCUUGCUGUGAGGCUGCAGGAAGAAAAAAUUGUAGAGCUGCUAAUCGAAGGUGGCGCUCGAGUCUUGUGA